UUUACACAACAGCGAGGCGCCCGUCGGAUCUCCAUUGGACUCCGCGCUGGAUCUCCCACAGCGCUUCUGCUCCCGCCGCCGCUCCAUCACCAAACGCUCAACGCCAAAGCAGGAGGACAAGCUCCGAUUUCCGUGCCAUGUGCAGAACGACAUGUAUGUGUGAAUUCAUGCGGUGACAGCGGGAGGGAAUGGAGCAGUUGUCAUCAAAUUCCUGUAGACGCACCGACGGUGAUAAAGGGGAGGCUGUCGUGUAGAGAGAAGACCUUCAUACGCAGCAGCCAAUCCGAGAGAUUCGUUUUUCUUGCCAGCGAAAAGGAUCAGUGGUCAGGUGUCGCCUUUCUUUUUCAACCACAACAAUGGGGGAGCAGCCCAUCUACAGCACGCGGGCCCACGUCUUCCAGAUUGACCCCAACACCAAGAAGAACUGGCUGCCCACUAGCAAGCAUGCCGUCACCGUCUCCUACUUCUACGACAGCACACGCAACGUCUACCGCAUCAUCAGCCUGGAUGGCACCAAGGCAAUAAUCAACAGCACCAUCAGUCCCAACAUGACGUUCACAAAGACCUCACAGAAGUUUGGCCAGUGGGCGGACAGUCGAGCUAACACUGUCUAUGGCCUGGGAUUCUCCACUGAGCAUCAUCUAUCCAAGUUUGCAGAGAAGUUUGCAGAGUAUAAAGAGGCAGCACGGCUCGCUAAAGAAAAGAGUCAAGAAAAGAUGGAGAUGGCCACGUCUCCUUCCCAGGAGUCUCCAGCAGGUGAGCUCUCGUCACCUUUGACCCCAGUGACUCCGCCCAUGGAAAACAUCAACGGCACAGAUGAAAUCUGCGACACGACUCCCAACUCAGACACCCGUCCAGAGCCAGCGCAGAACGCGCUGGCCUUCGCACACAGCCCUGCCAUGACAAAACACUGGGAGGCUGAGCUGGAGGCACUAAAGGGGAACAAUGCCAAGCUAACGGCAGCUCUGCUGGAGUCCACAGCCAACGUCAAACAGUGGAAACAACAACUGGCUGCCUACCAGGAGGAGGCCGAGAGACUACACAAACGGGUGACGGAGCUGGAGUGCCAGAGCAACCAAACCCCAGUGAUCAAAUCCCAGAAGACUGAACUCAACCAAACCAUUGAGGAACUGGAGACUACGCUAAGAGAUAAAGAAGAGGAAAUGGAAAAGUUGAAAGAAGAAUUGGAAAACAUGAAUGACCUGAUGGAGCAGAAAGACACUCUUACCCAGAAACUUGAGGAGACAGAGCUGCGCAGUCGAGUGCUCGAGGAGCAGCUGGCGGGUGCAGAGCAGCGGCUAGAGGAGAACCAAGAGGAACAGGAGAAUUUCAGAAAGAGCCUGCGGACGCUGCUGGAGCUGCUGGACGGCAAGAUCUUCGAGCUGACGGAGCUCAGAGACACCUUGGCUCGACUCAUAGAGGAGGCCAGCUAGAGACGGAGCUGCCUGAUCUUCACAGACAGAGCCAUAUGAUAAUUUACAGAGACGCCCCCCAACGCACCCACAUCAGCCCUACCCAUCAUGCCCCACCUUUCUCCCACACCUGACACACUUUAAAAUCAAGACACGGCACUGCCCCGAUUCCGAUUUCGCUCAAAAAGGGCAGCUAAUUCCCUGUUUUUACCUUGCAGGCAUCGAGCUCCAACCAAACCCAGGCACUCCUGUAGUUCAAGACAACGCAGGGACUACCUCAUCUUGCCUUCUGAUCGGCUGGUGUAGGCGUAACCUUGGUUGAAUUGAUCUCUCCAGCCACAGAGAUGCCUGGCGUAGACAUACACACACACAGUCACACACACGCACUCAACAAGAGUUAACUUGAGAACUGUGCCUCAGUGCCAUCUGCUGUUUGAGUGGGAGAGCUGCACCACAGAUUGCAGCAUCACAACGUCUCACACACACACCCUUUUCUUCAUCUCUAAACUGCCCCCCUCACCCCAAGGGGAAUGUUGAAAGUCAUGUGGAAAUAAUUGCUGUUAAGACUCAGAGAACUGCGCCAAAGCUGCCAAAUCCCCCCAAAAUAUUGUCCUCUAACUAGCAGAUGCUUUGAUCCAAAGUGACUUACUGUACAGAGAAGCGCUGAACAGAGAAACAGAGUCCCACGUUUGAGCUCGGGCUGCCAGCAGAGUGUCACUGGAAACAGAGAAUUAAAGGACGGCUCUCAACAAACCGGUCAAGUCUUACCUAUUGGCCUGGAGUGACAUCAGUGCUGCUCCCCAGCCUGGACACACAAGGCUGCUCUGAAAAGGAGAUCGGUUUACUUCACAAGUGAAAAUGAAUGACUGCUAUGUAUCCACAGCCUAUUUAAAAUCCUACAUGAUAGAUGAGUAUUGAAUCUUCCACAGGCAUUGUUCAUGCCUCACAGAAAUUUUUAAAGGGCGUGUGCCCGCGUUAGAUUUGACAUGAGAAGUCCUGUAUCCUGACUGCUUCCACCGUCUCAGACAACUGACCUGUCUUCCUGCCAAACUCAGUGUGGUGUGUGUUCCUGAACAAGGCCUGGCUUUUGGCAUAACGUGUGCCUUUAAAGCACACAUGAGCGGACACAUGUUUGUAUAUAAUAUGGGUGUGUGUGUGUGUGUUUUGUGCAGUGAGAGAAAGACCCUGUUUUUGGACAUCAAGGCCUACAUACACGCACACACACACGCACACACACACGCACACACACACACACACACUGAGCAAUACCAGACAGGCUCUAUACGACACCUCGAUCUAACUCUAUCAGGUACUCUACUCAGUGGACUCAUGCAAAUAGGUCAAAUGCAACCCAGCUGAUACCCCCCACCCCACCCCACCCCCACGUCCGACAGAAAGUGUACUACUGUUGACCGCGAACCUGUGUGGCAGCCCUGUCUAGUCGAAGUAGUACAUCGUGAAGGGCUUAUAGAGUGUCAUCUACAUGUUCGUAAAUCUCCACCCUCAGUGAAACUGGCCACAGAUUUUCACUCGUCGCGGGUGAACACAGAACUGUACUCAGUUUCUAUUCUUUUUUUUACACAGGAUAUAUUACCGAUGAUAUGAUUAUAGAACUGUAUAGGACAAACUUUCUACUCAUGAUGGCAUUGUAAAUGAAUGGAUGGAUAACUCAAAUGCAGUAACACCCCGCAGUGGCUUAUUGUUGUGUAUUAACCCACAGAAAAGUAUUGCAUAGUUUAUCAUAGAGUAUCUAGUCUGUAGGUAAACAAUCAAAACCUCUUCAAUGUAUGCGUAACAACACAAUGUAAACACAUAGUGUUAUACGUUCUGUACCAAAACAUUCACUUAUAAAGCAGCUCCCGUAAAGGUUAAAUCCAAAACUACUUCUUAAAGUCUCUUCCUUUAAAAUCACUAAAUUUCUAAAACGCUACGUGCUCAUGUGAAAUGCUGCUUAUUUUAUCUUUCAAUUGAGCACUCUGUUUGCACUGUGUUAUUACACUGUUUUAACUCCAUCAUAUAGCAAGAGAUUUGCAUUAAGUCCUAGCACAGCAUAAUUCUGUACUUAACAUAUUGUAGUUAGUCACACAGGUUAAUACACUGGAAUAAGAUCCAUGUAAAGGGAAAUGUUACCCUUUUUUUUCUUUCUGGUUUAACUUUGACAGUCAAAUGACAGAGAUGGAAUACCUUAAUAUUAAUGCUAUUGUUAAUGAAUGCCUUUGUACAGUAGUGGAUAAGAAGCUUUUCAUUCUCCUGUUUUGUAACUUAUGGUAUUUAAAUGUAGGUAUUAUUAUUGUAUUUAGAGGUAUGAGAAGACUGGCAAUAUUUUUGACUAUUUAAAGUAAUUUUGAACUCAUGAUAUUAAAGAGGUACCUCAGGCUAAAGAUGUUUGUAGAUUGGUGAGACUUGUGUGUUUGCAGGUGAAAGGAUUUACCAAGUGCUGGUGAAAAAAAAAAAAAAAAAAAAACACGAUCAGGAGAUCACACCCGUUGGUGCUUCAGCCAAGCUAAAUCCUUUGUUGAAUUCAAACAAAGACAGUUCUACUAGGCUGAGAACACACCUCUGUGAACUAAGAAAUGCUAUGUUUUAUAUUCAAAUACAGUGACCGCAGAAUUCAAUGUGUACA